AUGGCUCAUACCAAAGAAGUUCACGUUCUAAUGGUCACACUUUUUUACCAUGGUCACAUAAACCCUAUGGUUCACUUUGCCAAACUCCUUGCAUCAAAAGGUCUUCAUGUAACUCUAGCCACAACUAACCAUGCUCGAGAAAAAAUAUUAAAUGGGUUAGCCACACGAACCAACUUCAUCGACUAUGAGUUCUUUGAUGAUGGUCUUGACAUCGAACUCGACCGUGACUCGAAACUAGCUAGCCUCAUAGAAGAGUACCUUCCAAGAGAUGGAGCUAAGAAUCUAUCAAACUUAAUUUCUACACUUGAAGAGAAAGGUAAAAAAUUUGCAUGUAUAAUCAACAAUUGUUUUGUACCAUGGGUUACAAAUGUUGCAACCAUGCACAACAUAUCUUGUGCCAUGUUAUGGGUACAAUCUUGUGCAACAUAUGCCAUAUUUUAUCAUUAUCACCACAAUACACAAUCUUAUUUAGCUUCAUUGAAUGAUCCAAAUUAUCAAGCUAAUUUUGACAUUCCUGGAUUGCCAUUGCUUAAUAUUGAGGACUUACCAACCUUUAUUCUUCCUUCUAGUCCUCCUCAUUUUCUUAAGGUACUUAUGACAACCAUGAAUGUACUUGAUCAAUUUCAAUGGAUAUUUGGAAGUUCAUUUUGUGAUUUAGAAGAAAGUUUAGUCCAUUCCAUGGCACAAUUCAAAGCCAUUCACCCAAUUGGUCCUUUAGUCUCACCAUCUAUGCUAAGUGUAGAAGGCGCGCAAGAGGAUGAACAAGAAAGUGAUAUUUGCAUGGAUUGGCUCAAUAAGCAAGGUACAUCAUCAGUGAUAUACAUUGCUUUAGGGAGCAUAUCCGUGUUGUCACAAAGCGAGACAGAAGCACUAGCAAUGGCAUUGGAGAGUGAUAGUAAUAAACGAUUUUUAUGGGUGAGGAAGGAAGGCGAGAAGAUUCUAGGAAGGAAAAUGGGGGAAUUACCAAAAGAAUUUUUGGAGAAUACAAAAGAUAGAGGACUUAUAGUUCCAUGGUGUUGUCAAGAGAAGGUGCUAACGCACCCGUCUAUUAAAUGUUUUUUAACUCAUUGUGGAUGGAACUCGACAUUAGAAACUAUAACGGCUGGUAUACCCGUUAUAGCGUACCCUGAUUGGACUGACCAACCAACCAACGCUAAACUACUUGUAGAUGUGUUUAAGGUGGGAGUAAGAAUGAGCAAGAGCAAAGAUGGUCAGCUUGGAAGAGAGGAGAUUGAGAGGUGUCUUCUAGAGGUGACCAAGGGACCAAAGGCUUUGGCUAUGAAGGAACAAGCUAUCAAGUUGAAAGUAUUGGCUAAGAAAGCAACAAUGAGUGGUGGCUCUUCUAAUAUGAAUGUUGAUAAUUUUGUCAAUGAACUAAGUGCCAAAAGUGUGUAA